GUGAGCAGAGAGAUAGAGAGAGUCAGCUAAUGGGAUUGAGGGAGCCAGAGCGAGGACUAGAGAGGAACCGACAGACUGAGAGACAGAGUUGGGGUACACCUGACCUCAAGAAGGGAGGGUAGCUCCUCUGCUAGCCCCCCACACACACACAUACACACACACACACACACACACACAACACACACACACAGUGCCAACAGGCAGAGGCAGUGAGCCAGCCAGCAGAGAGCCUGUCGACCAGCAGCCAUGACAGACCCCGACUCUCUCAUCGAGGCUCUAAAGGCCAUCAGUGUGAGCACAGAGGUGAUUGAGGAGGAGCUGAAGCCUCAUUUGGACACAGUGCUGGCUGCUCUUUUGGAAAAAAAGAAGGAUGCCGCUGUUGAGAUAGCCAGAAGUGGGAUUCUACCCACACUGGCCAACGCCUUACGAAGCAAAAGCCCCCUUUCCUGCCAGGUGGCUCUGGUGGUGGCGGAGAUGGCCAGAGAAGCUGCAGUCAGGGAGCCGUGCAUUGAGGCAGGCCUGGUGAAGGUGUUGGUUCCCCAUCUGAACAGCAACAACCAGGAGAUGCUGCUGAACACUGGCAGGGCCAUCGGACGCAUCUGCUUCGACAACUCAUUCCAACAGGACCAGUUGGUCCAGAGUGGUGUAAUCCCCAGACUGGUAUCCAUUAUAAGGGAGUAUCCAGAGAACGACCCCCUGGUCAACGUCUGCCUGCUGGCCCUCUGUAACCUGGCCGACAUGGACUCUGCGAGGGAGGCCCUGGCAGAGCUGGACGUGGCAGGCGUACUGACGUGUCAGCUGAAACGGGCGCCGGAUGCCGAACGACGACACGUUAUCCUGGAAAUACUGGGCUCCCUGGGCGAGAGCGAUACACUGAAGCUGCAGUUUGCCGAGUCAGGCGUGCCAGAGGCUUUGUCUGAGAUGAUUCGGGCUUUGCAGGGAGGAUCGGACCCCCACGAUCUCUGCAGCAUCAAGAUUGCCUCCAACCUCAUAGUGUCCCUGCUUUUAGGAGAUGAGUCGAUGCAGAAGUGUUUUGGUGAGGGCUCCGGCGUGGUGUAUCAGGACGUCCUGUCCUGGCUGCAGAGCUCCAACACCCAGCUGCAGCUCUCCGGAGCGCUGGCCAUCGCCAACUUUGCCAGGAACGACAGUAACUGUGUGAAGAUGCUGGACCUCGGCGUGGUUCCUCACAUCCUGACUUUGUUGGAGCAGCAUGUCGAGGAAGGAGACGUGUCUGUUCAACAUGCUGGACUGAGCGCGCUCAGAAACCUGGCCAUUCCUGGCACCAACAAAGUGCAGAUGCUGGAGGACGGGGUGACGGAGAGGAUAAAGACCCUGCUGCGCUCGGACAUGCCCCCAGUUCAGUUCAAACUGCUGGGUACGCUACGCAUGAUGGUGGACGGACAAGAGGAGGCGGCUUUGGUGCUGGGGAGGGAUGCUGUGCUGCUGGCCCGGAUCAUGGAGUGGUGUGAAGCCAAAGACCACGCAGGAGUCCGAGGAGAAGCCAGCCGCCUUUUGGCUGCCCUCAUCAGACACAGCCGCAGCCCCGAAGUGGUCCAUGCUGUAGCCAAAGCUGAUGGGAUUCGGCACCUUAUCUCCAUGGCAACAAGUGAACAUGUCAUCAUGCAGAACGAGGCCCUGGUUGCCCUAGCGAUAGCAUCUGCUAUUGACAUUGAGUCUAUGAAGGAUCCGUUUGGGGAGGCGGAGCUGUUGCCCAUGCUGAAGAAGAUGUUGGAGGACCCUGCAGGGGCAGUCGAAGUCAAGUUCAGUGCUUUAGGUCUCGUCUGCAGCCUGGCUAACUCCAAUGUGAUGAAGGUGGAGUUAACGUCUGUGAAUAUGAAGGAAAGCCUCAGUAAACUGACAGAUCACAGCAACAGUAAACUUGCCUCGCAGGCCAGCUCCAUCCUGGCCACUCUGGGGGACGCCAGCUAAACCAGCACACCGGGAUCACAUCUGAUGUUGGGAUUUAUCCAGCUCAUCGACAUACUUGAAUUCAAUGAUCAUACUGCACAGAUUCCUUCUAAAAUUGAAAUGGAUUCUAAAAUUUCACAUGUUGUGGCAAUAAAACUAAUUAGUACAAGCAAGACCAUUGGUGUCAUUUACAGGGGGGUUAGAACCCCCUAAUAAUCAAAACUGGCCAGUGCAUCCCCCCAAAAAACAUAAUUUCCUUUAUUAAAACAAAGACAUUUGCCCCAUAACUUUAUGCAGAAAAGGCAGAAACUGUUGCAAAUUCACCAGAAUGCAGAAAUGAAGUGUUUGAUUUGCUCAAAGGGUGGAGGUCUUGCACACAUUGUAACAUUUUAUACAUGAUAUAAUUUGUGAAUGAUGACCAAAUGAUUUGUUAGAAAAUGUAAAAGAAAUACUUUGGAUUGUUUGGAUUUAUUAUUGGGAUUGCUAUUAUGUAGUUGCAACUAAUGAUUAUAAAACCUUUGUAAUGGGUAAUAAAAUAAUUUGUAAAGCAUGUUAAGCACAUUAUUUAGCUUAUUAUUAUACAUGCACAAAUAAUCUUUUAUGGAUCACAAAAAAAAAACAUGGGGGCCAAAUUGAUGUUAGUUGAUUCUUCAUUGUCGAUCAUUUACUAAUUAUAAGCAUUAGUUACAACUUUGUAAUAGCCACCAAAAUAAGGUUUAACAUAACUAACAUUUCCAAUAAUAAGUAAACAUUAUAGAUCAUCAGUUCAUGUUUGUCUUUUUCUAAAAGAUGAUGUAUGUGGUAAAAAAGUGACAGGAAAUGGAUCUCAACAGUGGACGGCAUUUGUCAUGGCGAUGAUUCAGCCCUCAUCACGUCACCAACACAUUGAACUUAUUAAAGAAGGAUUUAUACAAAAUACCUUGAACAUUUAAAAAGUCUGCGUAGAAACAUAGUUUGAGUGGAAAUAAAUGUUCAAAUGGAGUUUAAUUUCAAUGACAAAUCAAGUCACUGUCUAAGAUUGGCGAUAUUAAAGUGAAUGAAUGGCCAUGCGUUCUCACUGUCUGCAAAUCAACGGUAUCAAAUUGACUUUAAGACCUUAAGAAGCAUUUUUGACAGGCUGAAACCUGGUCGAGACGACCAAAGACUUCCUCCAUCACCAUAACCUUUACUACAUAACAAACUCGACACGUUCCACUCUGUAAAUCACCGCUGUCAUCCUGAAUAGCAAAGUCCAACAAAACUAUGAAUGGAGCCGCAUUAACUAGCAGUGAACUUGCAUGGCCUUUAGGCAUAACACAGACUUAAUUAGGGGUCAAAGAUCAUCAUUUGACUU